GAAUAAUGGACUGGCCAAGACUACUGCUUCUGGCAUUUGCAUUUUGUUUUACAGCAGAGAUACGUCCACACACAUGGAUGGUCAGCGGUAUAAAUACCAACAGCACCUCGAUGGGUAACUAUGGSGUUAUGGGUACUACCGAUGAAGARGACAGUGAAAAGUGGGGUCAGGAGCAAGAUAAACUGUAUAAAGAUAUGGAAUCAAAGGAGAAUCAAAUGAAGAAUACGGAGGAAAGCGGAUCCGGAAGUGGCGAUGAGAACGAUAUUAAAUCAGGAAAUAAAAGACAAAUGGGUAAUAGUAAUACACCCAGUGGAAACGAUACUGCUGAGAAUAUUGUGAAAGAAGCGGUUAAUCAAGCAAUUCAAGAAAGUAAGACGAGUCCACCACCGAUGCCCGCAACMUUAGGAAAAACUACUUUUCCAACACAACCAGUCACCCACUUACCACCGCAUCUUGUUUUACCUCAAAUUCAACAAACUACAGAGAUAAAUACCAUCGUUUUACCGGGUGGUGACAAUGGUACCGCGAAUGUCGCUUCUACCAAGGUUAAUGUAACAGGAGCAAUGGGGCAAAAUCUUUUAGUAGAGACAACUCAAACCGGUGCCAAAGAAGAUCAAAAUAAACAAAACAAUUUUAACAUGUCAAAACCGUCACCUGGUAAUCCUUCGACGUUAAAUGUACCGGGUAAAGGAUCGAACAUUGAUGUCGUGGGCACAACUGAUACUCCUCCAAACAAUAAUGCACCACAAAAUACCAGCUCACCAGCCCAGCAAGAAGUACAACCAGCAGGUCCUACGAUGAAUCCACAGCCAACUGUGCCAACGCAGCCAGUCACUAGUCCUAGUCAAGGAGGACAACAACAAACUCAAACACAGGCACCACCGACUGCUGCAGUAACUCCAUCUACACCGAUGCCUUCCCAAAGCCAGCAACAAGCUAUGCCAACUCAACCAGCUACACAGGCAGCUCAACCACAAUCUGAGCAGCAAGUACAAGCAAAUUAUUUCGGAAAUUUAUCGACGGAAAUGCCUACACAAAACGAGCUACCAACAUUAUCUACUCAAACAGCUACAAACAGCCAGAUAACAUCAGCUCUGUUCCCAACAUCUUCAGCUCCAGUUCAAAUUUCUCAAGACAACCAGGCACAGACAUCGCAGGUUGAUAAUACGCAAGCACAGCCAGCGCAAGUUGAUAAUACGCAAGCACAGCCAGCACAGGUUGAUAAUACGCAAGCACAGCCAGCGCAAGUCGAUAAUACGCAAGCACAGCCAGCACAGGUUGACAAUACGCAAGCACAGCCAGCGCAAGUCGAUAAUACGCAAGCACAGCCAGCACAGGUUGAUAAUACGCAAGCGCAGCCAGCGCAAGUUGAUAGUACGCAAGCACAACCAGCGCAAGUUGAUAACUCACCUAGCACAGGAUAUCCUACUCAGACAAACACUACUACUUCAAAUGGUCAGAUUGACAUUAAUCAGUAUGCUCAAAAUAUCCAGCAACCAACAGUUUCGACAACUGCAGCUACUAAUACGGCAGGAGCAAAUGGACAGUAUCAACCAACCACGGCAGCAAUCACAAUCUCGAAAGAAAACAUGGUUGUCGUUUCAGAGCAGCCAUCAAAUGCCAAUAUGAACACUAAUCCAGCGCCUUCAAACCCUGUCCAUCAAAAUACUCCCACACAAAUGGUGUCUCCCUCAGAUGCUAAAAAACCCACUGGCGCUGGUUCUCGGAAUAACAAACCUAACAAUUUCGACAUUAGCUUUCAUACUCAUGUACAUAAUCCAUCAAAAUCAAAAAAUACAGUGCAAAUACGACCUUUGCAUAUUGGUCGCACAGUUACUCAGAGCAAAAAUGGUGGAUUGAUUAUCACCAGUAGCAGUAUAUAUGAAGUUGGCCAUGGGUUUCCAUUGACUACUAUUGAUCAAAAGGCCCUUGGCCUUACUGAAAAACCUAUCAGUAAUACAAUGGCGAAAMCUCCUGUAAGUGCCCCCGCGAGUACUCCAGUCAGCACUCCCGCCAAUGCAUCCGAUUCUAAAACAGUACCUACAACUCAACCGACUACAACAACUUCGACAAGGUCAACGAACGAACCAAAACUUUCUGACACUACCACAAUUCCACCUCCAACAAAACCAACAUCAUCAAGCUGGAUGCCAACUUAUUCACUAUUGAAAAGUGUGCAUAGGAAUGUAAACAGCAAUAACGGUGAAAAUGAGCCUGAAAUGAACAUUUCCGAAAUGCUAUUUCCUAAACUCCCAGCGAGCCUUCCUAUUAUGAUCAUGGAAGACCACGUGACGCCAGUUCCAUUACAGCAACCGUUUUUGGCAUCAAAUGUUGAGGCUCCGAAACCAGUGCCAUUAAUGGACAAAGGAAAUUACCAACAGCCGACACAGGCCCCACCUCAAGCAGCAGCCAACCCAACUGCCUCGACGUCGAUGUUUUCACAGGGUUCAUAUCCCACAACAAUGGUCGACAACCCAUCAUCAGGCAUAAAUUUAGGUGCAAGACUAGACAAUCAAGAUAACGCAUAUGAAAAAGGUACUUCCCAAAUUGAGGAGAUGUCAAACUCUCCGAUUCCGGAAAGCCUUCAUAUACCGUUUACCAAUGGGCUUGAGAUUAGUGACUCCAACGAAGUUUUCUUUGAUAAGAAAGAUGGUCAGUCUAUGAAUAAGGCAAGAAAAACAAAUAAUCAGCCAGCAGCAAAUACGACAGCAAAGCCAGCACAAGAAGAAUCAUCAAAAGAUACAAAUAAUCUUCCAGCAGCAAAUACGACAGCAAAGCCAGCACAAGAAGAAUCAUCAAAAGAAACAAAAGAUGAUGUUACAGAUGCUGCUUUCAAAGGUAUAGAGGAUGCUGUUCUUUCUGUUGACAUAUCAGAACUAAGACCGGGCGAAAUUCUCAGCUUACGCCUUCCCAACAGUGAGUCUAGCCAACUAUUUAAAGUUCGAGAAAUCAAAUCAAGCGAUAAAGUCUCUCAAUAUACCAAUGAUGAUAAUAGUGACAGUGCAGCAUUCAAUGUAGACAAGAAACAUCUUCUGUACGCAAUUAUUGAAAAAGUCAAAAACAACAAAGAGUAUCGAGACGCAAUGGAGACGAUUUUCUCUGCUGCUGAUAGAAGAUCUGGAUCGAGUAAACACGAUCAAACAAUGAAAUUUCCAGAUAAAGCAAUCCUUAAAAAUUACAACACGGAUGACAUAGAAAGAAAAACAGACGAAAAUUUCUCAAAAUUUCUCCAAGACAAUAUUAGCUCAAAAGACGCUGACGAAAACGAAGCUUCAAGUGAUACAGAAGGCUCAGCUAUGCAGGAUCAAAAUGCUGAAAAUGCCAUUAAGAAAUCUAACGUCAUACGGCCGAAAGAAAAUUCCCAUUUUCAUAACAAUCACCACUCUAAAGUUGCAAGAAAACAAGAUGGACUUAAAUCUUUCAAGAAAGAAAAGAAGAAAAAUGCAAAAUCCGCUGAAAAAUCUGGUAUAAAACCAAGAAAGGGAAGUCACUUAGCUGACAGUUUUGAGAGACAAGACAAAUUUGAGAACGACAUUAAAGCAGUUCCCUCGUUGAGAAAGACGGAAUCAUCUCAUCGUGUAAAAUUCAGGAAGGAGAAUAAUGUCAUCAUUGAAGAUGUAUCAGGAAAGGUGUUGUAUAGAGGCCCCAUGGACAUCAUUGCUUUAAAUAAAAACGCCGUCAGACACAAUGAUAAUAGAAGAUCAUUCAGUCAAGAAAUGAGUGAAGACACCAAAGAAUCAACCUCCAGAAAAGGAGCUCAUUAUCGACAUAAGCAAUUUCCCAGCCGAAUCAGAAGAUCAACCACUGACGAUGGUGACGAAGCAAAGCCAGCAAAGAAAACCGAAGGAACRUUUUAUUUGACAUUCAAACUUGAAGAUAACAAACCAAAUGAAAAUGCUGGAAGUGCCACAAUAAAUGGUGUGCCUCACGACAAAGAAUCAAGUGCARCAAAUGAUCAAGCGAAAGAGCUCACUUUCAGUGAUAGGUUAACCAAGGAUGCAMGAAAAGAAAAAAGCAAAAGCGAGGAAGAUAWAAWWGRUACACAAAAGRAAAAAGAAKCAGGAGAYAAAYCAAAGGAARRCAAAACAAAGAAUAAAGARAACGAGAGRCAUGAGGACAAGAAAAAAGGAACUAAAGAAAGARAAGAACAGCAAAAAGAGAGAAAAAACGAUAAAGAUACAGAAAGCAAAAAUGCAAGAGAAGAGAACAAUGAAGGUUCACUUUUAUCAGAAAACAAGAAGCAAAAUCUUACCCAUGUUCAAAUUGAGGAUGAUGAAGGAAACGUUCUUUACAAAGGACCAGUCGACAUUGAUGCCCUMAAUAAAACAAUUUCAAAUAAGGAUGGAAGCUACUCAGGGUUUCAUUUAGAAAAGGCCGGAUAUKUGCUUGAUAAGCCAGCCGAUCCAAAAGCAAUGGAAGUUAUCAACAAUGGUCUCCAAAACGCAAGUCCUAAAAAUCUAACACAAGGCGUCAAAGUGGCUCUAAAUAGACCUAGGCGCCAUGUUAAAAAGACCUUGAUCAAAGAUUCAAAGAGAAAAGAACGAAAAAUAUCUCAGAGAGUCUCAGCUGAAGACAACACGAAAGUAAAGAAAAGCAGUGAAGCAAAAGUCCAAGGAGACAACAAAGAAAUUCUUUCAAGGGAUUCUUCAGCAACAUCCUCAAAACAAGAGCAAAAUCAUCCAGAUGCAAAAGGGCCAGAUGCAGCAACAUCCUCAAAACAAGAGCAAAAGGAUCAAGAAAAUAUCGAUUUACAAGCCAGUGAAUCCAAUUACCAAUUACCUUCACAUGUUAUAAUCGAGGAUGAAAGCGGUAACUCCCUGUAUCAAGGACCCGUGGACAUAUUAGCCACAAACAAAUCAACACCAUCAAAUGGUGGAAAAAGCAAACUCCAAUCACUGAAGAAAAGCUUUCAAAUAUUAAAGGAUCAAAACCAAAAAUUGGCUUCAAAAGGUAGCGACCCUUUGGCUGCAAAGGUGACUACUCAAAGUGAUCAGAAUGCUGCACAAGGGGAAUCAGCUCCAACUGAAUUUCAAGUUACACAAGACGGCGGAGCAGCCUCAAAGGGUAAGACAAUCACAGUCCAACACUUUCACACUGGCCACGGCGGCCAGAAGGUAUCAGUAGAUGUUGUAAACAAUGGUGAAAAUCAAGAAAAAAAGACACCUUCAACUGAUGAUAAGACUCCGCCUGACAGCGACGAGGACGAUCAAGAGAACACAAAAUCACCAAGUCUGGCUGGAMUGCCAUUUUUUGAUAACAAAAACAGUAAAGUUAUUCACAGAUAUGUACAAGGAAAGCAGAAAACUACAAAAACCGAUUCUAGUGUAGAACCCAGUACRCAGGCAAUACUUGAUAAGAUCAUAAAGCAAGUCCAAAAUAGAAMAAAAGAAAAUUAUGAUGUCAUGCUAACUAAUGUUCAGAAAGGAGCUUCAUCGAUUGGAGGAAGAAUUGUACAAGGAGUCAACAAAGACCAAAGCAACAGCGCAGAUGUUGACAAGACAACUCAGUCAGAAUACAUCAAAAAUGUAAUGCAGAGCUGGCUAAAAAGUAAGCAUGCAGGGGARAUGCCCCRYGAAAGCAAAAAUGCUCCAAACGACAAGAAGAAUAAAUCAUUAAACGUGCAAGAUAUGGUUGAAAGUUGGYUUAAAAGCAAAAAACCAGGGAUUUUAUCCAAUAAAGAGAAAGACCAACAAAGAGAUUACCAACAACCGGAUAAAAGUUUGGGYGGAGAAAAGAACCAAAGUAGCAAUCAAGUAAUGAUACAAAAUGAACCAAAUGAAAUCAUGAAAGGUCAAGAAGAYAAAGCUGGGUAUGAUAUCGGGAGUGUAAAGCAAAGUGCAACAAAUGAAAAGSCAUCYCAACAAAACGCUGCUGACGAAGUAAAUGCAUCGGUAACUGGUGACGAUAAUAUUGAAUUACAAACAAACAURGCCAACGGAAAGGUAGUUUUAACAACAGGAAAACAACCCAAAGCAUCACCUAUUGAUUACGUGAAUAAUGACCAAACUGGUUCACAAAACGCAGAGCCACCUCCUAUAGCGAUGACGACAAAUAACAUGAACUCCAAUCAAAUUACAUUGUCAAACGCACAAAAUGGCAACCAAUUGUCCGCGGUGCUGUCUAGUGAAACGCCACCGACUUCACAAGGAGCUAGUAGACUUGGGACAAGUUACAAUGAUGUCCUCAUUCAGAAUUCUCCUAAUAGCAACCGAUUACAAGCUGGUCUAACUAGCCAAAAUUCAGUAAAUACAGUGGUAAAUAAUGGAAAUACUGGUAGAGGUUAUCGMAUUUUGAAGGUGUCCAAAGAGAAAUUGGAUGAACUGUUAGAAAAUAGCCAAGACUCUAAUCAAGAGUUUUCCCCUAAUCAACARUUGCAAGAUUCACKUAAAGGAGAACCUGUGACUCUAAUACUAUCAAAUCCUUACUYGGAUGAAGCCAAAAACGAGAGAAAUAACCAACAAUUACCUGCAARUACAUUGCAGCUUGACAACCAACCUCUGGAAUCAAAUAAUCAACGCAUGUCUGCCAAAAACACACAAGCACUUCAGCCAGUUCUUGCCCAGACUGUACCAGGGAAUUCCCAAAACAAUAUGGUAAAUCAAGUACAACAGCAAUUAAACCUGCAGUCACARCAAAUGUUUAAYGAUCAAAACACUAACUCGASCUUAACUCCUCAAGAUAAAAACGCUCUUUUGCUGCCAAACCAAUAUUACCCAGGAGAUGACGAGAAGAUAUUGAUAGGKGAUGGGGGGAAGACUGUAAGACCAGAGCCUGCGGCAAUUGGGGCUUUUAAGAGCCAGCAAAGUGCAACAGAUCUUAACGUUCUUCUAAAGAUGCCAGGAAGUACAAGUCCUUCAUUUUUGAUACAAAGCAAAAACAUGUCACCCCUCAGAAUUUCUUCUAAUUCUCCUAAAGGACAAGAUCCUUCAGAAAUUUCGGUCCUGAGUGGGACUGGACAAAAAAUUGAGUGUCAUACUUUACCUGGACARAGCUCGCUGACAUUUUUGCGUUGUGGGUCAAAGGCACAGCAACAGGCCGCUGCCAUUUCAGCUUUCCCUGCAUCUCAAGCCAUUACAAAUCCACUUAAUCUUAAGCAAAAUGAUGCUCCAGAACAACAAUUUUCACAGUCUCAGUCWAGUGAAAUGAAUUUUCUACCAAGCUACAUGCUGCCUACCGAUUUUAARAUGAACGAUGACGUGUCUCACAGUAAGACCAACAAUAACUCAAAGCUGUAUGGAUUUGGUACGGUCACUGACCCUUCAGUCUACAGAAAAGCYACAAAAGAGAUCAGGACUUACCUCGAUAAGGAGAUGAAUGAGGAGAAAAAUAUGAUUCAAAAUCUUCUCAUCGACUCCACCUCACCUAAAGCUUCCUUACCGGCACAGGAAGAGGAAUCAGAAGGACCGCUUGUUCCCUUUGGCUUUCAAUAUUAUCCAGGAGUGGCGGAAAAUGCCAUGUACAAUAGGGAAACAGAGAAUCCAGGAAUGUAUCAAUAUACGGAGAACCUGAAUACACAGCCGGAGGACAAUGCACUUGUUGGUGGUAUAAGAGGACAUCCUCCUUACAAAGCGCCAAGAAGGGCGAGAAGACGACACAAGCUUCGUGUAACACAAGGGUCAGAGCGACGGCUUUAYACCAGAUCUGGUCCUUGGACGCACAAAAAAUCCAAAAUGUCAUCAAAGAAACGUCAUCCUUCAAUCCAAAGCUGGUUCGUUAGGAGAGUGUUCGGCCCAGUACAAAUGAUUUUACCGCCAUUUUAUCCACAGCCUUGCCCGUGGCUUCUGUCAAAGAGAUGUUGCAGUUGUUGCACAAAUGAAAAAAAUGACAAAGAAAUCACCAAGUUCAAAGACAAAGAAAAGGAAAAAGAGAAAGAUAAAGAAAAAGAAAAGGUUAAAGAUGCAAAGUAUAAAGAUGAUCCCAAAUCGUCGAAUAAGCUUCCUGAUACUACUCCGUCACCCGAUAGCAUGAGCGAAUGGGAGUACCUGGGAAGAGUUAUGUGUAGUUGUCCUUGUUGUAUGGAAUGCGUUGUUUGGUAGACAACCGAACUAUUACAUUUGCAUYAAAGCAAACAAAGUCAAACUAUCAAUACGUUUUCAUCUUGUGAAACAGAGAAAAUGAAACGAAACUUUCCUACAUAUAAAAGUCCCAAAAUUUCCRUAAGUUCUUAGACGAGAAAACAAUAUGGGAAUGAUAUGUCUGGUCAUAUGWCAAGCCAGUAAACAAGUGCAUGAUAGUAAAAUUUUGAAUUAGACUCAAAAUACSCCCAAAAAAAUAUUUCCAAUUUUUAUCAAUUUUUGACAGCAAGACAACUCGAUGCUGAARAACAGYUUUCGAAGAAGUACCUAYUAUUUAUCAGUCAUUUUUAGGACCUSAUUAUAUGAAACAGUGUUGCCAAGAUCACCGGGUUGAUUUCUCUUGUUUUGUKCUCUCUUGAGAAAGGAAAUCAAACGAAGAAAUCAGUCGUUGGGUCGGACAGCACACAUCAUAUGUUUGGGGCAUUAAAUAUUGAGUAUAUUGUUGUAUAUUGUUCUUUUUGCUGUAUUUACAAUAAUAAUAGAGAUACAGAUUAAAACUAUGAAUUCACGUGUUCAAAAUAAAAAUU